AUGAUGCCCAUCGCCGCUAUGAUGUCGGCGCGUGCUCUUGCACGGAGUGUGCCGAUGUACACCCCUGCAAUUUCUUUUGCUGCUCGUCGUGCCUUUUCGAUGACGCCCCUCCGUCUGGGUGAGAUCAAGGUCCCCGAAAUGGCCGAAUCGAUCACGGAGGGCACCCUGAAGGAGUGGCACAAAAAGGUGGGCGAGUAUGUGGAAGAGAAUGAGGAGGUUGCGGUGAUUGAGACGGACAAGAUCGACGUCUCUGUCAAUUCGCCCGAGGCCGGUGUUAUCAAGGAGGUGUACGCCGAAGCCGAGGACACGGUCGAGGUGGGCAAGAAGCUGUUCUUUAUCGAGCCCGGUGAGAAGCCGUCGGGCGAUGCGAAGGAAGAGCCCAAGGAGGAGGAGAAGGAGGAGCCGAAGGAAGAGAAGAAGGAGGAGCCGAAGGAAAAGGCGGAGCCGAAAGAGUCUGAGAAGAAGGAGGACAAGCCCGCGCCGAAGGAGAAGAAGGAGGAGAAGAAGCCAGCGCCGGCCAAGGACAAGUCUGCGCCCAAGGCCGAGGAGCCCGCGCCCAAGGCCGGCGCGCGCACCGAGUCGCGCGUGAAGAUGAACCGCAUGCGCAAGCGCAUUGCGGAGCGUCUGAAGGAGUCACAGAACACCGCGGCGUCGCUGACAACCUUCAACGAGAUUGACAUGACGGCGCUGAUGGAGUUCCGCAAGCGCAACAAGGAUCGCCUGCUCAAGGAGACCGGCAUCAAGCUUGGUUUCAUGGGCCCCUUCGCUAAGGCCUGUGCCAUGGCCAUGAAGGAGAUCCCCGCUGCGAACGCCAGCAUUGAGGGCGAGGGGCUCGGCGACACCAUCGUCUACCACGACUAUGUCGACAUUGGUGUCGCUGUGAGCACGGAGAAGGGUCUUGUGACGCCUGUGGUGCGCAACGCCGAGUCGCUGAGCAUUCUCGAGAUCGAGAAGGCCAUUUCGGAUCUCGGUAUCAAGGCGCGCGACAACAAGCUGACGCUCGAGGACAUGACCGGCAGCACGUUCACUAUCUCGAACGGCGGUGUGUUUGGCUCGCUCUUCGGUACGCCCAUCCUGAACCUGCCCGGCUCUGCGAUCCUCGGCAUGCACGCCGUGAAGCAGAAGCCGUACGUCGUUAACGGCCAGAUCCAGAUCCGCCCCAUCAUGGUCGUGGCUUUGACAUACGACCACCGUCUCCUGGACGGCCGCGAGGCAGUGACGUUCCUGGUCAAGCUCAAGCAGUACCUGGAGGACCUGCCGACCAUGCUGCUGUAG